CCUGCUUCUGUAGCAGCCGAAUCCUCAUGGAGGAGACGAGUGAAACUCUCGUUCGAUCUACGCACUCUGCAGAUCGGCACCAACUUCUUCUCCGACCUCAACCUGCUCGGAGAAGGCGACUUUGGCCCCAUUUACAGGGGAUUGAUGCCGAAUGGUCAAGAAGUAGCCGUCAAGAAGCUUCCAAAGGGGUUAAGGGAGGGCUUAAGAGAAUUUAGAAAUGAUAUGAAAAUACUAGUGGAAAUCCAGCACAAAAACUUUGUUACCUUCCUAGGGUAUUGUGAAGAAGGUCCUGAGAUGAUGCUUGUUUAUGAGUAUCUGCCCAACAAUAGCCUUGAAUUCUUUCUCUUUGAUAAAGACAAGUCUUGGUGGCUGGACUGGCAAAGGCGAUUUCAGAUCAUAAAAGGUGUGGCAAAUGGUCUUCUCUACCUCCACGAAGAAGCUUUUCUGAAGACUGUUCAUGGGAAUAUUGGAGCUUGUAAUGUUUUGCUAGAUGAGCAGUUUAAUCCAAAGAUUUCAGCACUUGGCCAGGCAAAGCUCCUUCCUUGGGACGUCACCCAUAUUGGCUGCAGUGAAUCUGGAAUUAUUGGUUACAUGGCCCCUGAAUAUGAACUGUAUGGAAAAUUGUCUGCAAAGGCUGAUGUUUUCAGUUUUGGAGUCUUGGUUUUAGAGAUUGUAAGUGGAAUAAGCAACCGUAAUCUGCGCCAGAGUGGAGAUAUGAGUGAUUUGUUGAGUUAUACAUGGAGGCUUUAUGAAGAAGAUAAGGCCUUGGAAUUAGUUGAUUCAAGUCUUGCAUCGUACAAUCGCAACGAGGCAGAAUUGUGCAUUGAGCUAGGAUUAUUGUGUUGUCAAGGAGGUGUUGAUGCUAGGCCAGAUAUGAAAUCUAUUAAUCUCAUAUUAUCAGGUGUCUUGCCUAUUUUACAAAAACCUAGUAAGCCAAGAUUUGAAUUUCCAAAUUUUAAUUCUUGCGAGGAAGAUACUUAGGGAUCUUUAAAGCUCAUCUCUGUUUCCUCUCGUGAAUAAUUUGUUCCUUUUCUACUUUGUAAACCAUUAUUCCAAUUUUAAAAAUGACAUCUAAUUUCAACAGC